GCAAAGUUCAAGAUCACGGUGGUCAGCACGCCGAGUCCGUCGCCCGGCUCACCGCCGCUCACACCGCCGCCCAACAUGGUGGAGACCAACUCGCCGCCGUCGGGCUAUGCGCUCAAGCGUUGCGCCAGCGAUCUGGACGAGCAGCAGCCACCAGCAGCACGCCCCCGAGCACGUUCCCCUGCCGCCAAUGCCAGCAAUGCAGCCUAUCAUCUAACCACGGCCAUGCUGCUCAACUCCCAGCAAUGUGGCUAUCUAGGCCAGCGGCUGCAAUCGGUGCUGCAGCAACAUCAGCAGCAGCAGCACCAGCACCAACAGCAGCAGCCACAGUCGCAGACUCCCUCCUCCGAUGAUGGCUCACAGUCGGGUGCCACCAUUUUGGAUGAGGAACGUCCACGCGUCAGCGCACCCAGCUCGGUAGCUUCAGCAGCAGCCGCCUCGCUCUUCACCAUCGACAGCAUUUUGGGUUCGCGUAGUGCUGUCCCCAAUGGCAACAACAGCAGCAGCAACAGCAGCCAACACAACAGCAAUUUGGCGCUAGGCAAACGCAGCACCGAAUCUCCAGCCUCGCCCAAUUCCAAUUCAAGCUCCAGUGCAGCAGCUAGUCCCAUUCGACCGCAGCGAGUGCCCGCUAUGCUGCAGCAUCCUGGACUGCAUCUGGGCCAUCUGGCAGCAGCAGCCGCCAGUGGCUUUGCUGCCUCGCCCUCCGAUUUCCUAGUCGCGUAUCCCAACUUUUAUCCAAAUUAUAUGCAUGCCGCAGCUGUGGCGCAUGUGGCCGCCGCCCAGAUGCAGGCGCAUGUGAGUGGCCAUGGCGCUGCAGCUGCUGCAGCCGCUGCUGGACUCUCGGCUCAUGGCCACCAUCAUGCACAUCAUCCGCACGCACAUACGCAUCCGCACUUGGCGCAUCAUGGGCCACAUCAUUUGGGCUUGGGACACUUGGGGCAUGGACCGCCGCCCAAGCGCAAGCGUCGCCAUCGCACCAUUUUUACAGAGGAGCAGCUGGAGCAGCUGGAGGCCACCUUCGAUAAGACGCACUAUCCGGAUGUGGUGCUGCGUGAGCAACUGGCCCUCAAAGUGGAUCUCAAAGAGGAGCGCGUUGAGGUGUGGUUCAAGAAUCGGCGAGCCAAGUGGCGCAAGCAGAAGCGUGAGGAGCAGGAGCGACUGCGCAAGCUGCAGGAGGAGCAAUGCGGCAGCACCACCAACAGCAACAACAACAACGGCACAGUGGGCAACAUUAACCAAAAUAAUAACAACAGCAGCAACAACAGCUCAUCGCCGGGCGUGGGCAUCAAAUGCUCGCCGGAACAUUAUGCGCCACAGCUGCUGCACAUCAAGAGCGAUCCCAAUCAGUAUAGUGACGCGGAUGAGUCCUCCGAUCUGGAGGUGGCCUAAGCUGUCAGUCGCGAUUCAUUUGUAAAUAGUUUAAAAGUAAUGCAAAGAUUAGCUGUUAUUAAUUUAAGUUGAG